AUGUUUAUGUCUCGGUUCUUGCCACCGGUUGAUCGUGCGAUGCGCACACUGGAUCGCGCUUUUUUCAGGAAGGUGGUCCCAGUUACUGCUGCGCGGGUACUCGACUCUGCACUGGUUCACACCAUCAAGGAGAAGAUUCUAAAAGACUUGAUCCCCUUCGAAAGGUUCAAUCAGAGAUACGACUUCAAUUCAAAGCUCAAUGUCGAAACUCCACUGCUAAUUCUACAGCCCCAAGUGAAAUACGGUGAUCUCUCAACGGCUUCGGGUCCCACGCAGGAAUAUGUGAAAUCGAAAAUACUCGAAUUGGUGCCCUAUGAUCUGAAGUUGGAGUACGGAGAUUGGGGUUAUGAGGAAAUUAUGAAGGCCGUGCUUCCCGAAGAUGUCAACCCCCCAAGUAUCGAUGACUUUCCUCGAAUUGGUCCAUUAUUACACCUGGAUGUCCCAGAGCCUCUGCGGGAGUACAGGAAUCUUAUCGCGGAAGUUAUUUGUGACAAAGAGAGAGAGGUGCAGACGGUUUUUGGUGAGCCUGAGAAGGUAGGAGGGGCGUUAGAACUUGGGUUGGCAAACGAAGUUCUGGCGGGUCCUGAAAAUUACCGGGUGGAACUCAGUCACCAGGGUUCCAGUUUCACUUUUCACCUCGACCAAGCCGGGUUCCGUGAUGUUUAUUUCGACACUAAGCUGGCGACUGAGCGGCAGCGUCUUGUGGAUACUUUUGGGUUGGGGGAGUGUGUGGCCGAUGUUUAUUCUGGUGUUGGUGCGCUGAGCGUGGCUGCUGCAAAGCGGGGAGCGAUAGUCUUUGCCAAUGAGCGGAGGGACAAGGUUUAUCAAUUGCUCGUUGAGAACCGAAGAAACAACAAGGUCAAGAAAAACCUCUACCUUAAGAGCCAGGCUCCGGCUAGAUUCGUCCAACAGCUUGUCCGAAAACUUUUCGAGAAAACAGUGGACUAUAAACCCCAGAAAAUUAGCAAGCUUGGAAAACUUAUCAAAAAUCCUCUCAAGAAGGGAGAUAAGAACCUCCCCGCCUGCGUUUCUCACAUCGUCUUCAGCGACCCUGACCAAUCCCUUACACACCUCGAGUGUCUCAGGGGUAUAUACACGAAGCGAGAGAGACUCUUUGCGAACAGGGGGGGGAGUUUUUGGAAAUUAGAUUUUCCGUUUGUUCAUGUCUACGCCUACCACAAAGCUCCAGCGGAAAAAAAGGCGGAUGCGGUAAACGAUCUUCUCAAGAAAAUCGGCAAGAGGAUUGGCCACGACCUGAGACGGGGAUGUGUCCAACAGGCGCACUUUGUUAAGAAAGGCUCAGAGGAUAACCUUUAUUGCAUUACAUUUAAACUUCCGCCACCUGUGGCAUUCGAUAUUAGAGAGGAAGAACUACAUCAAAAACAGCCGGAGAUGGUCGACCUCGCCGCCUCGAAGGAAGCCGCGAUAUCUAAGAGCGAUGAUAGGCAACCGGGAAGGAUAUCAGUGCAUAGAACAUAUCUACCUUCCAGAGACCCAGAUAUCAACAGGUUUGGACCAUCAGGAAGGCCGCCAUCACAAGUGGAGGGUAGAGAGGAAAAGGGUUUAGAGCCUACCCCCUUCCCUGGAGCGCCUACUCAGAUAGCGCCAUCGGCAACACCCCCCACUGGUCUACCAGCACACAGCCCCGCAAGUAUAACAACCCCUCCAAGGCAUCUGGUAUAUACCCCGUUGGCAAGCUUUCAACCCCGCGAUGCCGGAUCAGUGGCUACAAAACAAUCACAAGGGGCCCCAACGGAUAGACCCCCAAUGGGUGGAGGGCCUUCGAUGACUUCAAAUUUAGGAUUAAUCAAAACCGAAUCAGAACUCGCGAAGGAGUUUGCAAAGACCUACAAAGUGCCUCGGGGAUUACCCCCCUGGAAACAGAAGGUCCACCGUAAGGAAAAGAAAGCAGCUUGGAUGGCGAGGCAAACCAGGAAACAGCAGGAGCAAGCGUAUCUAACACAGGGAAGCUUUAAUAACCCUCACCGAAACGAUAAUGGACAACGAGGCCCUGAAUACUGGGCCAGCAGCCGAGGUGAGAGGAGGUUCCAUUCCGACAAUUCUCCCACACAACCAGGAUAUGGCCCUUACGGAUAUACAGAAUGUGUCGCGGAAAGCGUCGACAGACACUCCGUCUCGCAGCUAGCCGCUGGGUCUAAGGACGAUGGCCAUGCGAAUAGGGAAGAGACAGGACCAUCUCGUCCGCUCAUUAGAUUCCACAUCGCCGCUAAUAAAACACCCAAAGGGGGUCCAAUGAUUCGAUGGCACCAAGUCGAUACUCACCCGAAGAUGUUCCGGUAA